GUUCGAUAGAAAUAAAGCGAAGUAAAUAAACGACACUGAUACAAAGAAAUUCGUUUUCGUUUUCGUUUUACCCCUCCGUCACAGUCUUCUCCGGCGUCUAUCAUCGCCGCCGUAGACGACGGCACGCAUGGCUCAGCCGGCAUUCGAUCCGUACUACUUGUAUCAACAGGAUGAACGGAGCAACAUCAACACGCUCUUCGUGUCUGGCCUCCCAGACGACGUGAAGGCGCGUGAGAUUCACAACCUCUUCCGCCGCCGCCCCGGCUUCGACUCCUGCCAACUCAAGUACACCGGCCGCGCCAACCAGGUCGUAGCAUUCGCCACGUUUUUCAACCAUCAAUCAGCAAUGGCAGCGUUGCACGCUUUGAAUGGUGUGAAAUUUGAUCCUCAAAGUGGAUCUGUUUUACAUAUUGAACUUGCCAGGUCAAACUCUAGGAGGAAGCGAAAACCAGGUGGUGGACCCUACGUGGUUAUAGAUAAAAGGUCCAAAGGGGAGCCUGAUCUUCAGGGAUCAUCAAGUGAUGAUGAUGGUGAGAGUGACCCUGAUGAACCAACCGAAAGUGGUGGCAACCAUGGUGAUCCAGCAACCCUGCAAAGUGGUGAAACUGCUGUUGGUUCUGAAAAUGCUGUACCUGUGGAGCAAUAUGAAAAGGGCAGUGAUGGAGGACUGUGUUCCACUCUCUUUAUUGCAAAUCUUGGUCCAACCUGCACCGAAGAUGAACUAAAGCAAGCUUUCUCUGUAUAUACUGGAUUCAACAUGGUCAAAAUGCGUUCCAGAGGAGGAAUGCCUGUUGCAUUUGCUGAUUUUGAGGAAAUUGAUCAAGCUGCUAAGGUCUUGGAGGAGCUUCAGGGCAGCUUGUUGCCAUCAUCAGAUCGGGGUGGCAUGCACAUAGAAUAUGCGAGGUCUAAAAUGAGGAAGCAUUAGGAGAAAUUGGAGCGAAACAGUUUCUGGACAAUCUAGUUAUUCCAUAUAAAAUAUAGUUGCAACAUGUAGGGAAAGAUGGCCAAUUUUGCAAAAUGGUUAAGU